AUGCUCUCAAAUCUCUUUCUAGCAUGUCUACUAUCCAGCAUCAGUAUCACCGCACAUGCCUCUCAGACAGCUACUAUAACACACAACCAUGAAUUCAAAGCAGUCCAGAAAUCCCCCAGCGUCAUCAUCACCGGUCCCUCCUCCCUCAACAUAACCCACCUGCUCGCACACAGACACACAAAUACAAACUCACCCAGAUAUAAAUAUGAAUCUGUUAAUCACAACACCUAUCGCCCCGGCGACACAACCUUCCACAGCUUCGCCUUCUCCCUCCAGGAAGAAUGGCAGUUCGCGCUGCGGGGAUACUACAAUCUCGCGCGGUUCACUGCAGAGCCCCCCGGCGCCGACCGUCUACCAGGCUUAAUCUGGGUCCAGGAGAAUCAGCUCUACGCUCGUCUAGUCACUGGAACGCCUCAUGAGCGCCAGAUGAGGACUUUUAGUCUAGGAAGUGUGAAGCUGGGGAGGUGGUAUGUGGUGUCUAUUCUGGUCAAGUGGGGUGUUGAGGGGAAUGGAAAUCUCCAGUUUUGGGUUGAUGGGGAGAAGGUACUGGAAGAGUUGGGAGUAGAUACGAUUAUUGAUGAUGGGCGGCUGUUUCGGUUUGAGAGUUGUGGGUUGGGGAGGUGUUUGGGGGUGUAG